GCUUAGGCAUAAUGAUAAGUAGGUACAAGUUUAAUUACCACGAGAAAGCAAUUUAUUUACUCAGUUGCACAGUUUUGAAAAUGGUUACCGCCGCGGCGCUUGUCUUCAGUGUGUUGUCAGGGUUGGUGGCGGGAGACCAGCUGGCGUUCCCACCUGGGUUCAAGUUUGGAGCAGCCACGUCGGCGUAUCAGGUGGAAGGAUCUUGGAACGUCACCGACAAAGGCGUUAGCAUCUGGGACACAUUCACGCACCGUCACGACAGCUCAGUGUUCAACCAGAACACGGGGGACGUCGCGUGUGACUCCUACACCCACUACAAGAGGGACGUGCAGAUGGCCGAAGAGAUGGGCCUUCAGUUUUACAGGUUCUCUCUCUCCUGGCCCCGCCUCCUUCCAACGGGCUUCUCCAACAGAAUCAGUGAGGACGGCAAGCGGUACUACAACGAGCUGAUUGACGAACUCCUGCGCAACGGCAUCGAGCCAAUGGUCACUAUUUAUCAUUGGGAUUUACCACAGACUAUACAGAAUCUUGGCGGAUGGACCAACCCCCUCAUAGUCGACUGGUUUGGAGAUUACGCGAGAAACGUCUACUCUCUCUUUGGCGAUCGCGUAAAGACCUGGAUCACGAUCAACGAACCUCUAAUCGCAUGUGACUUGUCCUACAACACUGGUUUAUUAGCCCCUGGAAUCGUGAGCCCUGGGCUUGGGUCGUAUUUGUGCAAUAAGCAUGUGAUGCUCGCACAUGCGACAGCGUACAGAAUAUAUGAUGAGGAAUUCCGCGUUUGGCAAAACGGUAAGGUGUCCUUUACCAACCAACUGAUUUGGACGGAAGGAGACACGGAACAUGAUGAGACUGACGCCGAAAUAAUGCGGCAGUUCAUGAUCGGGCUCUGCUCCCACCCGGUCUACAGCGCGGAAGGUGGCUGGCCGCGCAUCAUUGAGGAGCUAGUGGCUGAAAAGAGCAUAUCUGAAGGGUACAAGAAUUCCAAACUCCCUGUGUUUUCUUCCGAGGAAAUAGAAUUUAUCAGAGGGACCUUUGAUUUCUAUUCUUUGAACUACUACACGGCGCGGACGGUGAGGCGGGCGCGGGCGGGUGAGGUCGUAGGGCCCUACCCCCUGUUCGGGGCCCCGGACUUAGAUCUAGUGCUUGGCAUCCGUCCCCAUUGGAAGGAAUCUCACUCGGCUUCUUUUCAAAUCUACCCAGAAGGUCUGCGUCACAUUCUCACCUGGCUGAAGAAGAACUACGGAGACUUGGAGUUCUUCAUUCUAGAGAAUGGAUUCGCAUCCAAACCUGGCCUGGAGCUACAAGACGAUGAAAGGAUUCAGUUCAUACACGACCAUUUGGAACAGGUGCUGUUAUCCAUAUAUGAGGACGGGGCAGACGUGAGAGGGUACACGGCAUGGUCCAUCAUGGACAACUUCGAGUGGCACGAUGGAUAUAACAUAGCAUUUGGGCUAUACGCAGUGGACUUCAAUGAUCCUCAGCGCACGCGCACACCGCGAAAAUCGGCCAAAUAUUACGAGAGAGUGAUCAAAUCUCACUCGUUAGUUCCUGUAGGGGCGGUGAAAGAUGACUUGUAGAAUUACAGCUGGUGGAAGGUGGAGGGCUCGUGGUCCCGCCCUAAAAUAGAACCACUUCAGUGGAUGACGUGAGAUCUUCCUAACUUAGGACAGUCCAGAAAAUAACUUAGUUGAUAAGUGUGUAAUAAAAGUAUAUUAAGAAAAAUAAAUGUAUUAAAAAAAUAAACUUAUUUGUUC